CGACGCACUUUUCCCCUCGCCGGCUUCCGUCGAAGGCCAGAUGCUUAAGCUAGCUUUUUGGCGCCUAUGCUGGCUACUACGGAUAAAGACGCCGACCGCGUGUUGCUGAGUCGCCGCCGUACGAGCUCACCGAGUGGUUUUUAUCCAAGCUUUAAAGAGCACAGCAUGGGCAAGAAGCAGAAUACCAAGAGUAGGAAGGAUUCACAGGGGGGGCAGGGCGGACAAGAGGAACCUGAGGAAUUUGUGGUGGAAAAAGUUCUGGACCAGCGUAUUGCGAAUGGCAAAGUGGAGUUCUUCCUCAAGUGGAAAGGAUUUACAGAAGCCGACAACACCUGGGAGCCGGAGGACAACCUGGACUGCCCGGAGCUGAUCAACGCAUUUCUGGAGUCGCAGAAGAACAUCACGGAGAACCCCGCCUCUCUGAAGAGAAAGGCGUCGACGGACGAGCCGGAAAUGGACGCGAAAAAGAAAGCCGCGUCUGACAAACCCAGAGGCUUCGCAAGGAACCUUGAGCCCGAGAGGAUCAUCGGCGCAACAGACAGCAGCGGGGAGUUAAUGUUCUUGAUGAAAUGGAAAGACUCGGACGAAGCGGACCUGGUCCCGGCCCGCGAGGCCAACACCAAGUGCCCUCAGGUGGUCAUCUCCUUCUACGAGGAGAGACUAACGUGGCACUCCUGCCCAGAGGACGAGGCCCAGUAGUGGCUCCUUCUGGACCUCCUCCAAUCCCCCUGGGCUCCCCAUUCCUCAGGACUGACUCUCCUUUGUUGGCCUGGCCGUAUACUUUUUAGCUGUCCUAGUUUUUGUUUGACCUUUUUGCAGGAUUUGUACCGUUUGCCAAGCACGCCGACAUCGGAGAGCACCCAUGUUGCGCACAAUAAAUACCAGUCUUCAGUCUGAAGGACGCCCCUCCUCGUGGAACAAUCAGUCAUGGUGACGCGCAUUUUCUCGUUAACCUCGCCAUGUCAUUCAAAAGGAAAUGUUUUGUUUGUGUCCCACUGUUUUUGUUUCUAUAAUAUUUUGUGUAAAUGUUGCUUCAUUUCAAAUAAAGUUUUUUGACCAAAU